AUGCAUUCGGAACAGACAGAAAUGCAUGUUGAAUUAAUGAAUCUGGAGAACGCUGGUCUACAAGAUCGCGUUAUAGACUUGGAGAAAAGAAGUGCUGAACAAGCUAAUGAAUUAGCAUGCCUAAGAAGUUCACUAGCUGAUUGUCUACGUCGUAUAAAUCUAUUGGAGAAUGCUAGAGGCACUAAUAUAACAAAAAAUAAUUCACGUGCUGAAUCCUACUCAAGACGACAUGUUAAUUCGAAUAAAAAUCAUACUACUGGUCAAGCGUCGACUAAUUCACGGGAUAGUUCACUGGCUGUUCCACGUUCUAAGAAGGCAACAAGAAAUCGUUUAAAAAGUCCACAAAAUAAUCGUCUUAGUUCAUCGUCAACUGCAUUAAAUAGUCAAAGUUCAGGUGGUGGGGGUGCUGGUGGCGCCGGUAGCGGUGGGGCAACACAAAUUAGUGCUAAGGAGACCACCUACCUGCCAGGUGAUGGAAUUCUACGCUUUUACAUUCGUGGACGUCCAGUUAAUGUGUAUAUGCCUACAGAAGUUAUGACAAAUUAUGAUUUAUCAGUUCCACUGAAAGCACCGGAUAUGACGCUAAAAUUAGAAUGGAUUUAUGGUUAUCGUGGACGUGACUGUCGAAAUAAUCUGUAUUAUUUACCAACUGGGGAAUUGAUUUAUUUUGUUGCAGCAACUGUUGUUCUCUACAAUAUUGAAGAACAAUGUCAACGACAUUAUUUAGAGCAUACAGAUGAUGUCAAAUGCAUUGCUAUUCAUCCGGAUCGAAUUACUGUGGCUACUGGUCAAACAGCUGGACAUGAUAAACAAUAUGGAAAGCCACAUGUAAGAAUUUGGAGUUCUGUUGAUUUGAAGACAUUGAAAAUUAUUGGUCUUGGUGAAUUCGAACGUUCAGUGUGCUGUUUAUCAUUUUCAAAAACAGAUAAUGGAGUUAAACUGUGUGCGGUUGACGAAGCUCAGGAUCAUGUGAUCUCUUUAUGGGAAUGGCAAAAAGGUCGUAAAAUUACAGAGACUAAGUGUUCAACAGAACCGAUAACUGCUAUUGAAUUUCAUCCAUUAGAUGAUGCUACUUUAGUUACAUGUGGUAAAGGACAUUUGGCAUUUUGGACAUUUGAUGGAUGUACGCUUAGCAAGAGAAUGGGAGUGUUUGAGAAUAGUAAACAACCAGUGGAUAAACCGAAAUUUAUACUCUGUUUAACAUUUGCUGAAAAUGGUGACUUGUUAACUGGUGAUUCAGCUGGUAAUAUUAUCGCUUGGAAAAGAGGUACAAAUACAAUUAGUCAAAUAUGCCAAGGUGUCCAUGAAGGCGGAAUAUUCUCACUAUGCCUUACAAAUAAUGGACAUCUUAUCUCAGGUGGUGGUAAAGAUCGUCGUUUAGUGUAUUUCGAUGCAGCACUUAAUCCCACUGGUCAUACUCAAGAAUUACCAGAAAUGUAUGGUGCUGUAAGAACUAUCACUCAAGGACCUGGAGAGUUGUUAAUUAUUGGUACAACUAAGAAUAUGAUAUUACAGAGUGUUCCUGGUAUGGAAGUCAGUUCUCUGGUAUUUGGUCAUUCUGAAGAAUUCUGGGGCUUAGCAAAUCAUCCACAAGCUCAUCAAUUUUUGACUGGUGGUCGUGAUCAUCUCGUAAUUCUAUGGGAUUCUUUAUCAAAACAAGCAAUUUGGUCAAAAGAAUUCACAGAUGCUAUCCAUUGUGCUUCAUUCUAUCCUCUUCAGUCAUUGACAAAUGGUACUAUGAGUCCUGAGAAUGGUAUCGAUGAAGUGAGCAAUUUAGACUUCAAUGCAUCCAUGAUGAAUUCACAUGACUUGCUGGUAGUGUUAGGCACUUGUACAGGUCGUUGGUUAGUAUUGAAUUGUCUAAAACAAGAAAUUAUUGCUGCACAUUCUGAUGGUCUUGGUGAACAAAUUGAAUGCGUUGCCUAUUCCCCUGAUGGAAACUAUUUGGCGCUUGGUUCACGUGACAAUGUGAUCUAUGUGUACAGUGUACUAGAACGUGGUUAUAAGUAUAAUCGUGUUGGACGAUGUCGUGGGCAUACAAGUUUUGUUCUACACAUUGAUUGGUCUGUAGAUAGUCGAUAUCUACGUUCAGUAUCUGGCGAUUAUGAAAUAUUGUUUUGGACGGCAUUCGAUUGUAGACAAGUUGUUUCACCGAGUACAUUACGUGAUUUAGAAUGGGCUAGUCAAACGUGUACACUUGGCUGGGAAGUAGCCGGUAUUUGGCCACCAGAUUCAGAUGGUACAGAUGUCAAUGCCUGCGCGCAUAGUCCAACAGCUGAUAUUUUAGCUACAGGAGAUGAUUAUGGCAAAGUUAAAUUAUUCACUUAUCCAACUAAUAAACCAAAGGCAGAAUUUCGCGCCUAUAAUGGUCAUUCAAGUCAUGUGACAAAUGUCACCUUCUUAUACGAUGGAUCUAGGCUAAUAUCUAUUGGUGGCAAGGAUACAGCUGUACUACAAUGGGAAGUAUGCAUUUGA